AUGGCUGAAGCACUCAUUUCUUGGCUGCUCGAAAAAUUGGCUUCGGUAACUUACCAAUACGUCGAAGAAGAGGUGAAGCUGGUUUUAAAUGCGGAGAAAGAUGUUAAAGAAUUCGCUGACAACCUUGAAGCGAUUGGUGCUGUGCUUGAGGAUGCGGAGCAGAGGCAGGUGAAGGAGAAACGCGUAAGAAAAUGGCUCGAGGAGCUGAAAGAUGUGUCGUACAAGAUGGACAAUGUGCUUGAUGAGUGGAACACUGAAAUACUGAAACUAAAAGUUGAGAAACAAGAAGAGCACUGUGGAAGUACUUGUCUUGUUACUGAGAUGAUGAAGGCGGUAUGUUUCUCUAUUCCCUCCUCUUGCUUUUGUUUCCGGCAAGCCAGUCGGGUAAUUCUUCAUCGUGACAUUGCUCUUAAGAUCAAAAGUCUGAAUGAAAAUUUAGAUGUGAUUGCUAAGCGCAGACAAACAUAUAACUUUCAAUCCAUGGAGAGAAUUAUCAUUGAACAACCUGAGCGAGUCGAAACUGAUUCUUCUGUUGAUGAAUCUAUCAUAUUUGGUAGAGAACAACAAAAGGAAGUUUUGGUUAGCAAGUUGUUGAAUGAGAGUAGUCAAGAAGAGAGGAGCCUUCUUGUCAUCCCUAUUGUCGGGAUGGGAGGAAUGGGGAAGACAACUCUGGCCCAACUGGCUUUUAACGAUGAAAAUGUUAAAGCCUAUUUUCAUAUCAAAAUAUGGGUUUGUGUUUCGGACCCUUUUGAUGUGAACAAAAUUGCCAAAGCCAUCAUUUCUGGUGCCGAAGGGGUCAUCCCAAAUUCAAAUACUUUGGAAGAUUUGUUUCGGUGUAUGUCUGAAGUCAUAAAGGGAAAAAAGUUUUUCCUUGUCUUAGACGAUGUGUGGACUAAAGACUCAAAACGGUGGGAGAAAUUGAAUUUGCGAUUAAUGCAAAGUGGCGCUCGAGGCAGUAGAAUAUUAGUGACCACUCGAAAACAGGAGGUUGUUGAUAUGAUGGGAGCUCCCGCUCACACGAUCUAUUUGGAGAGGUUGAGCGAACAAUAUUGUUUGUCAAUAUUCAACUACAUGGCAUUUUUAAAUGGGGAAAAGGAUAGUGUGUUGGGAGACAUUGGUGAAAAAAUUUCAAAAAAGUGCGAAGGUUUGCCUCUUGCUGCAAAGACUCUGGGUAGUCUCAUGCGUGACAAGAAAACGAGGAAAGAAUGGCAAGAAGUUUUGAAUAGUAAGAUAUGGGAGCUGGACGAUGUUGAGGAACAAGUUUUCAAACCAUUGUUACUGAGUUAUUUUGAUUUGGUACCUAUGGUCAAACAAUGCCUUUUGUAUUGUGCUAUUUUUCCAAAAGAUCAUGAGAUCGAUAAAGAUCAUUUGAUUGAAUUGUGGAUGUCACAAGAUUAUCUCUAUUCGAAAGGAAAAAUAGAGAAGAAAAUAAUUGGCCAAAGGUGUUUUGAUAAUUUAGUAAUGCGAUCUUUCUUCCAAGACUUUGAAAAAGAUCAUGAUGGAAAUAUCUGGAUGUGUAAAAUGCAUGAUAUUGUACACGACUUUCUACAGUUUCUUACUCAAAAUGAAUGCUUUACAAUGGAGGUUAAGGGUGGUAACUAUACAAUAGAGUCCUUGGGUGAUAAGAUUCGUCAUUUGACCCUAUUGCUUGCUCCCGAGGGUCCAUUUCCACAUGUUUCAUUUUCCAGCUACAAAACUGAUCUGCUUACUCUUGCAACUUUUGGUUCAAAAUUCACCGUUGUGGACUCAACUUUGAUGUCACAGUUGAAACAUCUUAGGACAUUGAAUUUGAGUGGUAAUUCUAUUGAAGAGCUUCCGGAGGAGAUAGGUGGAUUGGUGCAUCUGAGGUUUCUUGAUUUGUCUUACAGUCGUGGUUUGAAAAAGCUACCGAAUGGGGUGUGUAAUUUAUACAAUUUGCAACAUUUCGCCUUAAUUGGUGUGGGAAACUUGAAAGUCUACCUCAGAGCAUGGGAAAGUUGAUUAACUUAAAGCAUCUUUAUGUUGAGGGUUGCGAUGAGCUGAAGUACUUGCCGAAAGGGAUUGGGAGAUUAACAAAUCUAAGAAGACUAGAUCGGUGCCGUGUUGGCGGUGGUAAAGACGACGAUGAAGCGUUCAAAUUGGGAGAUUUGAG